GGCAACACCAGAUCGUAAACACUCAAUUGGACAAAUGUUCGGACAAUCAAGCACAUCCACUGGUUUUGGUGGAUUUGGAUCAUCUUCUGCUAACACCAACACAGGAUUUGGUUCCAAACCAGCUGGUUCAGCUGGUCUUUUCGGUGCAUCAAACCAGCCACAAUCACAACAAGGAGGAGGAUUAUUUGGCAGUAAACCUGCAACGACAACUACCGGUAUGUUUGGCCAACAACAACAGCCUAGCACUGGAAAUACUACUGGUGGGUUGUUUGGACUGAAUCAACCACAACAAUCAGGUACUACUGGUGGGUUGUUUGGCCAACUGAAUCAACAACAAUCUGGUACUACUGGUGGAUUAUUUGGACAACAACAACAACAACAACAAAACCAACCAAGUACCGGAUUAUUUGGACAAAAUCAAUCUAGUGGUACCACUUCAGGAACUGGGUUAUUCGGUCAACCACAACAACAGCAACAACAACCUGCUUCCACUGGAGGUUUGUUUGGACAGACACAAACAAACCAACCUGCUUCUACAGGGGGGUUAUUUGGUGGGCAACAACAAUCAACUGCUAGUGGUGGAUUGUUUGGUAACAAGCCUAGCGGUGGGUUAUUUGGACAAUCUCAACCGUCUACUGCUACAAGUGGAGGAUUGUUUGGGCUGUCCCAACCACAACAAAGUAGCACUACUUCUGGUGGAUUAUUUGGUGGUAGCAGCACUACCGGUGGCUUAUUCGGACAACAGCAGCAACAGCAGCAGCAACAGCAACCACAAGCACAAGCACAGCAACUUCAAUUAACAGCCAUGACGCGUGUAGGUGACCUUCCUACCAAUAUCAAAUCUGAAUUGGAACAAUUUGAUAAAUAUAUAAACACACAACAUUUGAUUGCCACCACAUUAAAUUCCGACUACUCUAAACACGACAAUUUGAUAAACUCGAUACCAAAGGAUAUAAAUUAUUUACAAAACAAGCUUUUAUCGACUAAACAAGCACUUAAAUUCGAUUCAAACCAAUUACUUCAACUAAAGGAGUUGAACAAUGAGUUAACCGAGGAUAUUAAUAACAUUAUGCAUUUAAUAUUGCAAUUAAGUACACCAGGAACGAAAUUGUCAAGUUCGUUUCAAUUGAAUGAAUUUUUCAUCAAGAAGAUCAAAAAGUAUCAUGAAAUAUUGACUCUGUAUGAAAAGAUGGUGAGUGAAUUAGAUACAAUUUUAAGUGGGUUAGAGAAAAGUUGUAAUGAAGGAUUUGGUAAUUUGUUUAAUAUUGUUGAUGUUAUUAAAGCUCAAUACGGGUUGUUUAUGGAAUUAUGUGAGACUUUAGCCCAAUUGCAUAAUCAAGUAAAUAGAAUAACUAAAUAGUGUGUAUGCGCAUCAUCGCGCAUUGUAAAUGUACAACUGAAGAAAAAUAAAUAAUUCUUAUACUCCU